CAUGGCUGGGAUUUUCUAUUUCGUCCUCUUUUCGUUUCUUUUUGGGAUUUGCGACGCUGUCACCGGUUCUAGAGUGUACCCGGCGAAUGAAGUUACUUUAUUGGAUUCCAGAUCUGUUCAGGGAGAACUUGGGUGGAUAGCAAGCCCUCUGGAAGGAGGGUGGGAAGAAGUGAGUAUCAUGGAUGAAAAAAACACACCUAUCCGAACCUACCAAGUGUGCAACGUGAUGGAACCGAGCCAGAAUAACUGGCUGCGAACUGAUUGGAUCACCCGAGAAGGGGCCCAGCGGGUGUACAUUGAGAUCAAGUUCACCUUGCGGGACUGCAAUAGCCUCCCAGGAGUCAUGGGAACCUGCAAGGAGACGUUUAACCUGUACUACUAUGAAUCAGACAACGACAAGGAGCGUUUCAUCAGAGAGAGCCAGUUUGCUAAGAUUGACACCAUCGCUGCUGAUGAGAGCUUCACCCAAGUGGACAUCGGCGACAGAAUCAUGAAGCUCAACACUGAGAUCCGGGACGUAGGGCCCCUGAGCAAAAAGGGGUUUUACCUGGCUUUUCAGGAUGUAGGUGCCUGCAUUGCCCUGGUGUCAGUCCGCGUCUUCUACAAGAAAUGUCCACUCACCGUUCGCAAUCUGGCCCAGUUUCCAGACACCAUCACAGGGGCUGAUACCUCCUCCCUGGUGGAAGUUCGAGGCUCUUGUGUCAACAACUCGGAAGAGAAGGAUGUGCCAAAAAUGUACUGUGGGGCAGAUGGUGAAUGGCUGGUCCCCAUUGGCAACUGCCUAUGCAAUGCUGGGCAUGAAGAGCAGAAUGGAGAAUGCCAAGCUUGCAAAAUUGGAUAUUAUAAGGCUCUCUCCACGGAUGCCACUUGUGCCAAGUGUCCGCCCCACAGCUACUCUGUCUGGGAAGGAGCCACCUCCUGCACCUGUGACCGAGGCUUUUUCAGAUCUGACAAUGACGCUGCCUCCAUGCCCUGCACCCGCCCACCAUCUGCUCCGCUCAACUUGAUUUCAAAUGUCAAUGAGACCUCGGUGAACUUGGAAUGGAGCAGUCCUCAAAACACAGGAGGUCGUCAGGACAUUUCUUUCAAUGUGGUCUGCAAGAAGUGUGGAGCUGGUGACCCCAGCAAGUGCCGUCCCUGUGGAAGUGGGGUCCACUAUACCCCACAGCAGAAUGGCCUGAAAACAACCAAAGUCUCCAUCACCGACCUCCUCGCGCAUACCAACUACACCUUUGAGAUCUGGGCAGUGAAUGGGGUGUCCAAGUAUAACCCUAGUCCGGACCAGUCAGUGUCUGUCACUGUGACAACCAACCAAGCAGCGCCAUCAUCCAUUGCUUUGGUCCAGGCUAAAGAAGUCACAAGAUACAGUGUGGCUCUGGCUUGGUUGGAACCAGAUCGGCCCAAUGGAGUAAUCUUGGAGUAUGAAGUCAAGUACUAUGAGAAGGAUCAGAAUGAACGAAGCUAUCGGAUAGUUCGGACAGCUGCCCGGAACACGGACAUCAAGGGUCUGAACCCUCUGACUUCCUAUGUUUUCCAUGUGCGAGCCCGGACAGCGGCUGGCUAUGGAGACUUCAGUGAGCCCUUGGAGGUCACAACCAACACAGUGCCUUCCAGGAUCAUUGGAGAUGGGGCCAACUCCACUGUCCUCCUGGUGUCUGUCUCAGGCAGCGUGGUGCUGGUCGUCAUUCUCAUUGCAGCUUUUGUCAUCAGCAGGAGACGGAGUAAAUACAGUAAAGCGAAACAGGAAGCCGAUGAAGAGAAGCAUUUGAAUCAAGGUGUUAGAACUUAUGUGGAUCCCUUUACAUAUGAAGAUCCUAACCAGGCAGUUCGAGAAUUUGCCAAGGAGAUUGACGCAUCAUGCAUUAAGAUUGAAAAAGUCAUAGGAGUUGGUGAAUUUGGCGAAGUCUGCAGUGGGCGUCUCAAAGUGCCCGGCAAGAGGGAGAUCUGUGUGGCUAUCAAGACCCUGAAAGCUGGUUAUACAGACAAGCAGAGGAGAGACUUCCUGAGCGAGGCCAGCAUCAUGGGGCAGUUUGACCACCCGAACAUAAUUCAUUUGGAAGGCGUUGUCACCAAAUGUAAACCAGUAAUGAUCAUAACAGAGUACAUGGAGAAUGGUUCUUUGGAUGCCUUCCUCAGGAAGAAUGAUGGCAGAUUCACAGUCAUUCAGCUAGUGGGCAUGCUUCGUGGCAUUGGGUCUGGAAUGAAGUACCUAUCUGACAUGAGCUAUGUGCAUCGCGACCUGGCUGCACGGAACAUCCUGGUAAACAGCAACUUGGUCUGCAAAGUGUCGGAUUUUGGCAUGUCACGGGUGCUGGAGGACGACCCCGAAGCAGCUUAUACUACGAGGGGUGGCAAGAUUCCUAUCCGGUGGACCGCGCCAGAAGCAAUUGCCUAUCGUAAAUUCACAUCAGCAAGUGAUGUAUGGAGCUAUGGAAUCGUUAUGUGGGAAGUGAUGUCGUACGGAGAGAGACCCUACUGGGAUAUGUCCAAUCAAGAUGUGAUUAAAGCCAUCGAGGAAGGCUACCGGCUACCACCUCCCAUGGACUGCCCCAUUGCCCUCCACCAGCUGAUGCUGGACUGCUGGCAGAAGGAGAGAAGCGACAGGCCUAAAUUUGGGCAGAUUGUCAACAUGUUGGACAAACUCAUCCGCAACCCCAACAGCUUGAAGAGGACAGGGACGGAGAGCUCCAGACCUAACACUGCCUUGUUGGAUCCCAGCUCCCCAGAAUUCUCCGCUGUCGUAUCAGUAGGCGACUGGCUCCAGGCCAUUAAAAUGGACCGGUAUAAGGAUAACUUCACAGCUGCUGGUUAUACCACGCUAGAGGCUGUGGUGCACAUGAACCAGGAUGACCUGGCGAGAAUUGGCAUCACGGCCAUCACGCACCAGAAUAAGAUUUUGAGCAGCGUCCAGGCAAUGCGCACCCAGGUGCAGCAGAUGCACGGCAGGAUGGUUCCUGUCUGAGCCAGUACUGAAUAAACUCAGAACUCUUGAAAUUAGUUUACCUCAUCCAUGCACUUUAAUUGAAGAACUGCACUUUUUUUACUUCGUCUUCGCCCUCGGAAAUUAAAGGAAAAGGUAUCUGCAGCAUUGCUUGGUGUACAGAUUGCUGAAACUGUGGGGCUUUUCAGAAAUGGCAGCCAGUCAUCGGGAUUGGACCUGGAACAAAUGGUUUCUCAGAAGUACCCAAGUCCAUCACCAGUCUGUAAAAUACAUGUACCUAUAUAAGUAGAACUCUGCCUCCGACUCUAGAUGCUGUAUUUGCUGCCAGACACUGAGCUUCUCCGAGGAUCCUCCAUCCCUCCUCUGUUUGGAAUUACAACCAUGGUGUUUUGUUUGUGGCAUAAAUUACAGUCAUCUCCCUCCGCUGGAGCGAAGGCCGCACCUAGGAACAGUUUUGAAGGAUGUGGCUCGUGUGUGUUGCCUCUUCAGUGUCCCCAUCACCUGGGGGAUUCUUUGGACACGGCGGGGCUGGAAAGGAAAGGAAAGCAGAUUUUAAAAAUACAGGACCCCAAACCCUUAACUGGGACAGAGAAAGUCUGUCUCUUUGGGCCAUAUAAAGUUUUAUUUGUGGACUCUACAAACUUAUCAUAACUACCUUAUGGAAAAUGGGCUGUGACAAUCUGGAAUAGGGAACUUGCAUACUUCCCUCCUUUUAAAGAAGCAACCUCAAAAUCUAUAAGGGAGUAAAUUCUGCUAUCGCAGCCUCACAGCCCUUCCUGUCGACUACAAAGCCCUUGGAAGAAAACAGAACACACCCUCCUCAGCUCCUUCCAAAUGUGUUUCUUCUGCUUCUGUGACACCAGUUCUGGGCAAAGACAAGGUUGAAAUAACAUCUACACCUGAAAAGAAGAACUGUAUGGUUUUCUAACCCCAUUUCCCAGUGAAAUCAACAGAAUUAAAGUUCAGCAUCUGUUCUCCAGUUGCACGGAGGAAUGUACUGUCUUACAGCGCCAGCUCUGCAGAGUGCUUACUCCCAAACUCCUCGUGGUUUUAUUUAUACGUAUUUCCAUAUUCCAUUCCUGUAUGUCACUGCUGCAUCAGUGUGGCAGCAAGUGACCAAAGGCGACAGGUUUUACUAUGGACACCAGGUCAGGUGACACCACAUAGAACAAAACCAGUUCUCAUGAGCUGCCUAUGAUAUGCAUUGCUGAAAUAACAUUUUACCCAGGGUGUGCCAUUGCAGUGAUAUAAAUAUAUUUUUUCCUAGACUAAAUAUGAGCAGACUAUCUCUUUUGAUGUGUGUACAUAGGUAUGAGUGCGUGCGUAUGCGUGUGCUUAGGUGUGUGUGUUUGUGUGUAUCUUCAUGCUUUAGACUGCCUGAGAAUGUUGUGGAAUGCUACAUUAAAAAAAAGUUCUGGUUUCCUACCAGUUCCGAGAUACAGAAUCAUUUGAUACAGUGGGCUUGGAGACCAUGCCCAUCCCCUUGGAAAGGACCUGGAGAUGUUAACUGUCCUAUAUCUGUAAGUGUAUUUUUGUAGCUGCCACUCUAACCUUAAGGACUAAUUCUACAGCUUCAGGCAGAGGCAUUUUCACCUUAAUGGUGGAAUAAUUUCAGAAUAUAAACCCAUUCAGGUGACGGUCCAUCAUCAAAAUCACAAAUUCUGAUUCAAGUCAUCUAACUCACCAGUUCCUUGCUGGAGAGAGAAAAGGGGAUGGAAUCUGUCUGGUAACCACAAAUGGAGUACAAGUAGCCUUUGUUUCCCUGCAUAAAUGGAUUUGUUGAAUGUGAACAAAUAUAUGCAAAACAGAUACUUUUGGAGAUGAACGUAGAUAUGUGUGUCAGCUUUGAGAUGAUGUGUCCGGAUUAAUACUUUGUCUCCCAGUGUCACAGAAAAAUACAUCCCAGUGACUCUUGUGAUUAAUGUAGCUGGGAUGAAACAGCUCAAGCAAUUUCAGGUUCCCAAAUUCUAUGGAAAAUUCUACAGUAAUUAAUAUGCAGCUAACUCCUCUUGCCCUCAAGAUGCAUCAGCCUUCUUGAAUCUGAGUUGUGGUGUGUGAAGAUUCAGUAUUGAAAUGAUACUAUACCAAACUCCAGCUGACAUACUGCCAUUUUACAUAAUCUGAGUGGCUGCCUUGCUUAUCCUAAGCUAUGGUUGCAGAACUGUGGCCAUUUAUAUAAGCUAUACCAUCAAAUCAGGGAAAAAUGGAGGAAAACAAUUCUGAACCAUAUUAUUAUUGAACAAGUAGAGAAAAUCAUCAAUAAAUAUUUAUUGCAUUCUGACAGGGUGUGUGGCUUCUCAUAGCUAUGCCAGAGUGACAAAGUUCAUUCACCCCUUUUUGGGGACCUUAAUAUAUUUUUAAAGGGAUGUGCCUAUGCAUUGAUGCCUGAAAAAUGUCUAAAAAUGAGGUUAGGUUGACUCUCUGAGCUGGCCAUCUUUCCCAGAUGUAAGGGUAAGAGGCCAACUUCCUGGUCUGUGUCUAGCCCCUGAGCAAGCACUGACUUGGUGAGUUUGGAUGCUAACUCAUGCUCAGAUCUAUUAAGCAGAGCGAAGCUUGGUUCCCUAGCACCAGAUCCAGUAGCUUCACCAUGUGUCCACAGGCUCCAAGUUAUUUUUAGCAAUCUUUUAAAUGAACUGUUCUGGUGUGUUUAAAAAAUUAUUUUCAAAAAAGGUUGUUCUCAAUACACUGCUAGCAUGUGUGUCCUGAGACCUCAUUUUCAAUCUGUGAAGGAUAUGUGUAUUAAUCCAUACACUUGUAUAGCCUCAAUAUUUGCUUAAGACACUUCUGACCAGUAAAGGAAAGUUCUAGAAGCAAUAUUUUCACUUCUUUAACAUUAUCCAAACAACAUCAAGCAAUGAUACACACUGAAGAGUGCAUUUAUUUUUUGUAUCACUCCAAGUAUGUUGGAAUAUGCAAGGACUGUGGUUAAAAUUAGAAUGUAUAAGGAGUAUUAUAAUUUAGUUCAUACUGAAAAAGAAAUUAACAGAACAUUGCUUGGUUCCAUACAUGUUCCAAAAUUUGAGCGAUCUUUUGAAUUAGACAUAGAUUUUUCUAUUUUGUUUUAAUUUGUCAAGGUGAUUUUCUUUCCUUCGAGAACUUUAG